UCACACUGGGGAACUACAGCAUUGGUUUGAUUUUCAAAACCGGCAUUUUUAGAAUUGUUGUUUGUGUUUAUCAUAUAUUGUAUAAUACUUGUGCAAAAGCCUCGAUGUGCGAUGGAUAAAAGUGCCCGGCUUUGGCUGGUGAAUACAAUGGGUUUUUGAUUUUGCAUAUAUGGGAGUUCUGAGCGGAUUCUAUUAAUUCAGCAAGUGUUUUGAAUUAAACCUCUGUGAGCUUAAGUACUGCAAAAUAAACAAUGGAUUGCAUAAGUCCCAUGCAGAAUAAGAGAAGACACGGUGGAGAAUAUGAACAGUUGCACAAACAGGCGAAAAGGCCAUGUAAUGGAUUAGGAGGCAGUGGGCAUGUUGAAUAUGGUGUGGUGGACACUCCAAUGGACACAUGGGACGCCCCAAAUCACAACCCUCAAAAUGGACACAACGCCAACGUCCCCGGCAUGCAGGUGUUGCCCGCCCCGGGACGUGGUGCAGGACAGUAUUGCCCCAGAUGUAUGGCGGGUGAACCUGGCCAUAUAAACCACAUCAUGAGGUAUUGAUCAGCAUUGCCGAUGACUCCUGGAGAAAAUGAAUUGACUGAAUAAACGGGGAAGGGAAAAGCGCUGCAGAGGAGCAGUCUGCGGUUUAUCCGGACCGUGUGGGGUUUUCCCGCGUUGCUUUGUGCCUUUCAUGCAUUUUCCAAAUCACCUCACCUAGUACUGUUUUAUCUACAGUAAUACCUUUUAUUGUUUUGUAGCAAUGAGGAUUAAAAUUCCAAGAACAUGCACUCCAGUGACCGAAAAGGCAAUGAAUGAUGGUUUAGAUUACACUGCAGUGAAGUGUGUCGACAUCUUUGCACUGUACAUUUCCCAGUGUUGCUUGGUCUCGAUUUCCAAGAAGAAAUUGCUGCUGUGGUCAGUGAAACUAUUGCAUACAUAUUUUUUAGACUAUUUUUCUAAAAAUUUAAAUAAUGAAAGAAUUCUCAUGACUAAAUACGUUUUAAUUCAA